AUGAAGACAGUUUGCAAAGAAUCAUUAAUAAAGCAGGGUAGGGCACGCAAGCCUCUAAGUGGGCAGCACAGGCAUUGUGAGAAAUGCUUUGACCGUCACUGCCACAUUCCUGUGGAGCCUGAUGUCUCCUGUCUGGUGAUAAACUGCCACCUGUCCUGUGGUGCUACCUUCCACAUGUGCAAAGAGGCAGAGCAUGAGCUCCUCUGCCCUCUGGAGCAGGUUCCAUGCCUCAACUCUGAAUAUGGCUGCCCCCUUUCCAUGUCCCGCCACAAGCUGGCCAAACACUUGCAAGUGUGCCCUGCCAGUGUGGUCUGCUGCUCCAUGGAGUGGAAUCGCUGGCCAAACGUGGACUCUGAAACUACCCUUCAUGAGAACAUCAUGAAAGAGACCCCCAGUGAGGAGUGUUUGGACACAGCCCUGGCCCUCCAGGACCAGAAGGUCCUUUUCAGAUCUUUAAAAAUGGUAGAACUUUUCCCAGAAACUAGAGAGCCCACUCGGGAGGAAACUACCAUGAAUGGUGAAGCCACUUGGGAGGAAAUGGGAGGAGCAGUGGGUGGAGUGGAUGCCAGUUUGGUACCACAUGGGUCUCUGUCAGCAGCUAAUGGAGAAAUGGUAGAGCUGAGUCAAGAAGAACGAGAGGCAUUAGCCAAAACCAAAGAAGGGAUGGACCUGGCCAAGUAUGACAAGUGGGAAAAUAUAUUCAGCAAAGAGCAUGCAGCCUCUGCUUUAACAAGUACAUCAGUGAACUGUGACAACAAUAACAGGAACAACCCAGGAAAAGAACAGGUUUCCAGUGACAAUAACAUGGUAAGGGAGGAUGAUCUCCAAGAGAAAGAGAAAGAACCACAGGAAAAACAGAAGCAGCAGGACUUUAAUGCAGUCGUGGAAAAGACAGGGCUUGCCCCUUGGCAGGAUGGUGUUCUGGAAAGACUGAAAACAGCUGUGGAUGCAAAGGACUAUAAUAUGUAUCUGGUGCACAAUGGGAGAAUGCUUAUUCACUUUGGUCAGAUGGCUGCUUGUACACCUAGGGAGAGAGACUUUGUUUAUGGCAAACUUGAGGCUCAGGAAGUAAAGACUGUUUACACCUUCAAAGUUCCUGUGAGCUACUGUGGGAAGCGGGCUCGCAUUGGAGAUGCCAUGUUGAGUUGUAAGCCAAGUGAACACAAGGCCGUAGAUACUUCAGAUUUAGGGAUCACUGUGGAGGACCUGCCCAAAUCAGAUCUCAUCAAAACCACCCUCCUGUGUGCUUUAGAAAGAGAACUUAAAGGUCAUGUCAUCUCCGAAUCUAGGAGCAUUGAUGGGCUGUUUAUGGAUUUUGCUACACAGACAUACAAUUUUGAGCCAGAACAGUUUUCUUCUGGGACAGUGCUGGCUGACCUCCUAACCACUGACAACCCAGGGGGGCUCCAUGUGGAACUCCACAGUGAGUGUGUCACCCGGAGACAUAACAAAAGCAGCUCUGCCUUCACUUUCACUUGCAACAAAUUCUUCAGGAGGGAUGAAUUUCCCUUACAUUUCAAGAAUGUCCACACAGACAUUCAAUCAUGUCUCAAUGGCUGGUUCCAGCAUCGAUGCCCUCUCGCCUACUUGGGAUGUACUUUUAUUCAAAACCAUUUCCGUCCCCCAGGACAAAAGGCAAAAGUGAUUUAUAGUCAGGAGCUCAAGACCUUUGCCAUCAAGCCAGAGGUUGCUUCAGAGCUGGGUGAGAGAAAGAAGAACAACCAUCUCUCAGGCCGUGGAGCAAAAAGCCAGAAUUCUCUAACCAGCUUGCCCCUGGAGGUUUUGCAGUACAUUGCUGGGUUCUUGGACAGCAUCAGCCUGUCUCAGCUUUCCCAGGUAUCUGUGCUGAUGAGAAAUAUCUGUGCUACUUUGUUACAAGAGAGAGGGAUGGUCCUCCUACAGUGGAAGAAGAAGAGGUAUUCUCAUGGAGGCACUUCCUGGAGAGUCCACAGAAAGAUCUGGCAAUUCAGCAGCCUUUUCUCCAAAGUCAAGAGCUGGGAGUUUAAUGAAGUUGCUUCCAUGUCUGAACACCUGAAGGCCUGUCCUUUCAACAUUGUAGAGCAUAAGACUGACCCAGUUCUUCUGACCAGCAUGUGUCAGCUCCAGGAGCAGCCCCGAGAAACCUUAGUCACCACCUUUAGAACCAGACCACGGGGAAGACACACUUGCUAA